ACCUUGUGAUGAUUGUAGGCCUCUGUUUGGAUCCCCUCAGAAACUGAUGAAAUUGUAGUACCCGAUUUUAAAACGCCACAGGACGUACAAAUAUACGCGGACUCCGAAUUGGUCGUAUUGGUCCAAUAGUGUACCCAUACAGGGAUGAGCCGCUAGCGCCACGCGCGUGUCCGCCGAGACGGCACAUGCCCGCGCGCACAAAGCAUGCCUGAGCCUUCCCUCUGUUAGUAGAACGCGGUUUCAUUUGUCAGCGCUUCACAAGGAGAGAUGCCAGUGUUUCUGCUCAGAAGGAAAUAACUAUGUCACCACUGGUAUUAUGAAUAUAGCACUGCAAACUCCCAGUUCAAGUACACUGAGCGGAGAUCAGUGAUGACAUCACCCAGGUAUUGUCUGACACCUCCCAAUCCCUAACCGCAUUACCAUGGCAACAGGAAGAAAAGGCUCCACGUCCAAAGUGGGUGGGGUGCAUUUCCCUGAUGAUGACGACCCCCCUGGCUCUCCAACACGGAGAGACGACCAGUCAAAUCUCUCCACUCUCAUUGCUAUCCCAGAGAAGGAUGGUAGCUACUUGGUCAAGGCUGGUUUCUUGAAGAGCCACCACUGUUAUGAGAUUGUCUUCAGUGUUCCGGAUGUGCCCACUCUGGGAAAAGAGCUCUCCUGUCUUCCUUCCUCUUCUCCGACUCGGAGGUCCCCCAGCCUUCGAGUCCAUCGUAUUAACUCCACACUGGAGGGAGUAAAGGUAACCUGUGAGUACAGGACUCACCAGGAGGGGGUGCUGCAGGAGGAGAUCACUCUGGUGACGAGGGGGAGAAAAGACAGCAGUCUGAAGGUCAGACUCCAAGUCAGAGUCAUUGACCCACAUCAUGGGACUCCCAUGCUGCUGGAUGGGGUAAGGUGCCUGGGCGCUCAGAGGGAUGUCCACUCAAAGCACAGCAGUGAUCGUAAGAGGAUAUGAUCAAAAGACAGACACACAGAUGUAUAUAUCUACAAGGAUAUUAUCCAAUAAUUGGGUCAGGGCUCAGAGUAGUAGUAUAGAAACAUCAAAAUGUGCUGACUAGGAAAUAAUGGGUCUGUGUUGCUAUGUUUUGCUAUUGUAGUACCCUAAAAUGUUGGAAAAUAACAGGUCAAACAAAUACUGUAAUUGAUAUGAAUAUGAUAUGAUAUGAAUAAAAAUGCUGAGUUAUGAAAAUGAGGCUCGUCAGCGAAAAAAAAAAAGAGUUAAAGAGUUAAAGUUAAAUAUCACCAGCCUGCAGCUCUGGAUGGGCUUUUGACAACUGUUAUCCAAUUUACAUAGCCAUGAAGCCUUUGCUGUUGGAGAGAUAUCGUAAACCAGCACUGAGCACCAGCCAACUUACAAAAUAUACUUGUACACACACACACACACACACACACACACACACACACACACACACACACACACACACACACACAGAAACAGAAUUCUCAGAUCCCUGUUCCUUAUACUAAUUCUCAGAUCCCUGUUCCUUAACUAUGUGCACCACCUAUCAUAAACAGCAUUCAUCAAAAUACUGACCAGUAAAUUGUUUGUGUACAUCAACAGUAGAAUUGCCUAAAGGUAAUGGUGCAGUAAUUAAUGUUAACUGAUCCCAACUAUAGAAUUUGCUAAAAUCUAUGAGAUGUAGUUAGCAGGGUUUGUGCAGGAUGACACGUUUACCACUGCUGCUGUGAGUUUCUCACAGCAGCCGCCAAAUGUUUUACAGACUGCGCCUUACUGUCGUACCGAUACAAUUCUCAUUGUACUAUUGAUAAAUCUUGUAACAAUUUAGCCAGGGCCACUUACUCAAGGGCACUUCGGCAGCAUUUGCACUGUUUGCAAUAAGAGUCACUUGUGACUGCUCAGUAGCUUUCCUAAUUUCCUACUUCUCAGUAGCCAUAAAUGAAAAAGAGAUCAAGAGGAUUUUUUCCAUAUAACCACACUGUCUGGUGUAUGUAUUUUUAACUGUGGCUGGCAAUUAAAACUGUAUAAUAGUAUUAAGAAGCACGAUACCAUUCAAAUAUGUGUACUAUACUAAAAAAUAUUUAUCUGCCUUAAGCACCUGUUCUGUUGACAUCAGCGAAGGCCUCAACAGUAUGUUGAGCAGGGGUUGCUUAAUAUAUUUCUAAUGCUGUAACACAGCUCCCUAUUUGCAUGAUUUGUAUGCCAUUUGUAACCAAAUGAGCUGCCAAAUAAUUAAAACAGGUUAGGUGAAUUAUAGGCCUUAGAAAGAGGCCAACAGAAAUGUGUCAAAGGUCAGUUUUUUUUUUUUUACUACACUCUAUUUAUUACAUUGUGACUUCAGAAAAAGGAAGCUGCAGCAAAGAGUUUUACAAUUAUUUAUCACAGGAAUAGACCAAGUUUAUUGUAUAUUGUUGGAUUUGAUCUGUUAUGAAGAACACUAUGAUAACAUGUAUUCUUGGUAGAUCAUCAGCUCCAUGCUAACAUUUUAACAUACGCUCUGUUGAGUAAUCACAUCCAUGCUAGACCUUUAGCAUACAGUAAAUGAAGUAAUUGUUUGAGAAUCAUCCUUAAAGUAAUUCUUGAAAGAGAAUUUUUCAAUGACAUGACUUGUGAUUAUUUAAUGAGUGUAAUUAUGCUAAUAAGACACAGACUGCUAACAAUACCUUGGCUAGCUGUAAGCGGACGACUGUUAGCCGGCUCAUCAGUGGUCAAUUUUAAGUGACCAGUAGUUGAUGGAGAACAAACAGUACUCUGGGUCUUAUCUGCCAAACUUCAAACUAUGAUAUGAUGUGUUUAAAGACUUAUCACCAUAAAAACUCUCAAUCGCAACCUCUAAGAUUCAGAUAUGUGUAGCAAUUUGUCCAGUCAAGUCUGCGAAGCUAACAUCAGUGUUAGCUCAAGCAGCCAAAGGGCAGAGCUGGACUACAGGUGUGACUUAAUAGUAGUUGUACAUUAAGUUAUUAUCACAAGUGUACAACCAAUUAUCCUUUAUUAACAAACAUAGCACUGUCUUUGAACAUUUAUAUUUGAAAAAAUGUUGCAUUAGCAUUACUACUACAUUAGAGAUAUACUUUUCUUCAAUACUGUGCAGACCACUGAUGAGCAUGGAGUUUCUAUUGACAGUAAUUGCAUUUUAAAUCACCAUGAAAUCACUUCAGUAGUUUAGUUGACUAAGCUUCAUAGAACAGUAACACCCUCUCAUGCCAGUGGUCUAUUACUCAACAUGAAUGUUUACUUUAAGUGCUGGAGUGGAGCUAUAAUGUCUGUGAUCUACCCACACAUCAAUGACCAAAUAUGAGGAUUCUUAAUACAUUUUCAGAAUAUGUUUUCUGUUCAUUUAAGCAUUGUUGAUUGUGCCUGCAGUGUGUGUACAUAUUGUGGUGCCAUCAUACAGUAUGUGUCCCUUUGCACUAGUCCAUCAGGACUUUACCAUUUGUCUGUUUACCUGUAAAUAAAGUAUCCUCUCAACAUGUA